CAACCACCCUUCAGUUCUGAUGAAGUUGAAACUAAAUCGCUGGUGAGGCAGAUGAUCUUCCCCUCUUGAGCUACGUUGUUUCGCCCCAUGUUCCCUUUUAUUCUCCCAAACAAGGACAAGAACACUAUACCGCUGGCGCACAGGAUGUUGUCGAGAAAAAGAUUUAGUAAUUGCUUUGCUUUGCUCUUCCUCUUGCUCUUCUCUUUCACUUCACAUUACUUUUCUUUGCUCUCUACCCUUUUUUAUGUUUCAUCUUUAUUUCACCCUUUCCCCUUUCGUCCUUCUUCAUGUUGCCUCCUUUACGUUACGUCUUUGCUCGUUGGUUGGUUUAGGAAAAUAGAAAAACGGCGUCAAUGGUGGUUGUCACCCUAUGGCGGCUGGCGGCGGUUCCCUCUGUUUUUCAUCUGGAACGGUCUGGUUGUUUUCGGUGAUGAUCGCUGAUAACUGGUGGUGGGAACGAUACCCCAUUUCCUUGAAACUCACUCUCUCUAGUCUUGUUUUCCUCUGUCAUGGUUAUCAGGUGGAACUCGUCU